AUGAGUGUCAUUCAGACCAAGGACUGCGCGUCUGCGGUCCCGGUCCCCGGCUCUGGGUGCUUCUCUGGGGUGUCUGUGCGCUCCGGCACCCCCCGUCGCCGUCCCCCCGACCCUCGCAAUCUCAACUGCAACUUUUUCCCUUCGGUCUCGGUUUCCCCCGGGCUGCGGCUAGCGGGCGCCGCGCUGCGAGGCGUGGAGCGGGCGGGCUGCCGCGAGGCUGCGGGUGGCGGUGCCGGCUACAGCCGCGAGCCGGCGACCCGGGCGGGGGGCGGGGGGAGGAGGCCGCGACGAGGGAGGGGAGGAGGGAGGGAGGAAGGGAGGGAGGGAGCCGAGGAAGACGCUCCGAUAACCCGUGCGUUUCGUAAGGCUCGGAGCACUUGUACAUUUCUGCAGCCGCGCGGCGAGCCAUUCGCGGCGGCUGCUGCAGCUCCUACUGCAUCUUCCUUCUCUUCCUUUCAUCGGGCUCCGGUCUCGGAGUCGGAGAGCGCGCCUCGCUUCCAGAGCCCCCGGACCCGGCGAGUCAGCGAUCGCCGAGCCGGCCACCAUGCCCGGCAGACCGCGCCACUAGGCGCUCCUCGCGGCUCCCACCCGGCGGCGGCGGCGGCGGCGGCGGCGGCGGCGGCGGCGGCGGCGGCCGCGAUGGUUUCAGACGCUGAAGGAUUUUGCAUCUGA